AUGGCCACCGUGAUCAUCGGUGGCGGAAUCAUAGGUCUCGCCACCGCCUACUAUCUUUCCGAGGAAAGACCACCAGUAGAAGGCUCGAACCCUUCAAUACACGUCGUUGACUCAUCCCACUCACUACUCCUCUCUGCAUCGGGCCAUGCGGGCGGCUUCCUGGCGAAGGAUUGGUUCUCACCGGCGUCAGCAUCGCUGGGCGGACUCUCAUUUGCUCUGCACAGAAGACUGGCGGAUGAGCAUGAUGGCUUCAGGAAGUGGGGCUACGUGGGCACGAGAACGUACUCAUUGAGCAUUGACGAGCGAGGCGUGGGCAGUGCAGCGAAGCAGUCGCGUGGGGAGGACUGGGUGACCUCAGGGACGUCGCGAGCUGGGGUUGCGCCAGCAAACGCAAGGGAGGACUCUGCACGGGAACAGAAUGCGAUAGAUGCGACAGAGAUGCUGAAUCCAGACGGAUCGCGACAUGCUUCACGCCACAGCCGUCUGUUCCUCAUCGAAAAGUGCAAGGCACGCAGCGUCGAAUUCCAUCUCAGCACGACGCCACUAGGUAUCGAGACUGAUCCCAAGACGAACAACAUCAGUGGCUUGUCCUGUUCGUUCUACAACGAGGACCGGAGAACGACCAACGAAGAUGUUCUGCCGUGCAAUACCUUGAUCAUGACAGCUGGAGCUUGGACGCCAGCCGUCUUCAAGACCCUCUUCCCCUCGUCGAAGCUGCGCAUACCCAUUUCUCCACUAGCUGGCACGAGUCUCCUCGCUCGUUCGCCUCGUUACACCACGCCAUUUUCGCUGGACGCCUCAGCUACGGAUCCGAGUCGAAAUGAGAACCACAGUAUGGGCUACGCCAUCUACUGUAGUCCCAUGCCACCCACAUUUCGUGGUCACCGAUACUCUUAUGCACCCGAAGCAUUCGCUCGCUUAGGUCCCGACUCUCGACCAGAAAUCUGGAUCGGCGGCCUGAAUCAUCCACACUUGUCUCUUCCAAAGAAAGCAGAAGACGUGGAGGCUCUCAGACAGAGCAGGGGUACGGCAGAUGUGGAUGAGCUACGCAAGUGCCUGGUCCAACUCUGUGGCAAAGUAGCGCUCGAAAACAGUGAUGCUCGAAACAGUGGUCUGAACGAAGAUGAUUUAGACAUCGUCCGUCAAGGACUGUGCUUUCGGCCCGUCAGCCAGACGGGUGUUCCACUCAUCGGUAGGCUGGAUGAGAAGCUGCUUGGGAGUGAGAUCAAGAAGGUGGAUUCAGGAGGCGUGUUCAUAGCAAGCGGGCAUGGUCCGUGGGGCAUCAGUCUGAGCCUAGGGACCGGGGAGCAGAUGAUCACGAAUGGGCAGCAACGUACCAAGAAGGUUGACCCCGAGAAGCGACGAGAUCGUACUAUGAAAGUCAUCAACUUUUAA